AUGGGGACGGAAAAAGCUGAUCCUGAUGUAGAAUUUCGUGGUGAGAAGCAGGCAGUUUCUGGCUUCCACCUAUCUAAAUUGCAAGUCAUAUUAAUAAUUCUUCUAUCGAUUGGCGUAGUUGUAUUUACUGGAAUUUUUGCUGGAGUUAUCUUGCCUAGCAUCAAUGCUGCCCACAGUACAAGCACUCAGGCACCAACUACACAACCACCAGCAGGAACUAAUAAUCCAACAUCGACUUCGAAUCAAGGUGGCUCGACUUCAACGCCACAGUCUGCCACUUCCAAGCCUUAUGCUAUUCCUUCACCUCAACCAACACAACCUACACCUACUUCUUCUUAUGCCGCCGUUAACAAACCACGUUUGCCCACCGAUAUUGUACCUGUUCAAUAUUGGUUUACAUUGGAAAUUGAUAUGACCAAUUUGAAUUUUUCUGGUGACACUACCAUCGAGGUUACUGUUAAAAAAGAGACAAAUACAAUUAUUCUUCAUGCAUCUGGAUUGACUAUGACUCAAGAUCCUCAGGUGACUAAUAAUCGAAACUAUGAUGGCUCUACCACUUACUACACGAUUAGCACCAAGGGAACGUACGCACCCAAUCAAUAUUACUACAUGAUGAUGCAGAACAAUUUAACACCAGGAACAUAUUAUUUACGAUUCCGCCAUACUGCUCCAUUAUCAACCCGCUUGGACGGAUUAUAUAAAUAUCAGUAUACUAGAGCGUCCACCGGAGAAAAAAUAUGGGGUGUUGGAAGCCAGUGUGAAUCAUUCGAUGCUCGCAGGAUUAUACCGUGUUUUGAUGAACCAGCAUUGAAAGCUAGAUUUCAAACUACCCUUAUCGUUCCUAGCAAUUACACUUCCUCGUUAACUAAUAUGCUUUUAGUCGGUGAACAACCAUUGCAAGGAAAUAGAGUUCAAUUAAGCCAUGAAAACACUGUUGUUAUGUCAUCUUAUCUAUUGGCAUUCAGUAUCACUGACUUUGAUCGAGUUGAAAGAGAUGUCGGAGGCAUUUUGUAUAGGAUCUGGGCCCGUAAAGCAAUUAAAAAUGACGGUAACUAUGCACUUGAAGCUGCCAUUAACAUCACUACUUAUUUUGAAAAUUUGCUUGGCGUGAAAUAUCCGUUGCGUAAGCAAGAUCAUGUUUCUGUUCCUAAAUUUGAUUCGGGCGCUAUGGAAAAUUGGGGAUUAAUCUUAUAUAGAGAGGAAUACUUGUCAUAUAGUCCAUCUUAUACCGAUGCUAGAGAAAAAGAAUUUAUAGUGGCUAUAAUUGCUCACGAAUUAGCUCACAUGUGGUUCGGUAACUGGGUUACUAUGGUUUGGUGGAACGAUUUAUGGCUAAACGAAGCUUUUGCAAGUUACUUUGAAUAUAUAGGACAGACAAACUUUGCCCCUGAAACCCUCGGCUGGGAUUCCUUUGUUGGUUAUGACAUGAAUUCUGCACUCGUUAACGAUCAAACUCCAACAUCUCAUCCAAUUAGUCCUCCAGAACAAUACGGUCCUUUCUUCGAUAGGAUUACUUACCAAAAGGGUGCUACCGUUCUUCGCAUGAUCGAUAACUAUCUUGGUCGCCAACCUUUCCUCGAUGGAUUAAGGAAUUACUUGGUCAACUUUAACUACUCAAAUGCUAUUGCAUCAAAUCUGUUCGACCGUAUGACAGAACGAUAUAACGGUAUCAAUGUUACUGAACUUAUGGGUCCAUGGGUAUACCAAAUGGGCUAUCCCAUUGUUACUGUAACCCAAGAUUCUGCCAACAACAGAGGAAUGUUAUCACAACAACGCUAUCUAACCAAUAAGGACUUAAAUCCAAGUGUAGAUCCAUCAACACAACCAUAUAGAUCACCAUACGGCUAUAAAUGGAAUAUUCCGAUCACUUGGUUUGUAGGCUCUGCACCUAGUACUAUUAACAGAGGGAUGUUUAAUAGGACAUCACAAUCUAUGACCGUUUCCUGGCCGCAAAACACUUGGAUUAAGAUUAAUGCAGGAAGUAUGGGUUUCUAUCGUGUUAACUACCCACAAUCUAACUGGGAUCAAUUAGCUGCUGCUUUGAAUGCAAACCCUAACCAAUUUACUAAGAGAGAUGCUGCUGGAUUAAUUUUGGAUUCGAUGGCCUUUGCAUCGACAGGACGCUUGACAUACAGCACUGCAUUAUCCAUCACUAAUUACUUAGCCAAAGAAAGUGCAUAUGUACCCUGGUAUGUCACAUGGGCAGCCUUCUUAGACUAUCAACGACGUUUAGCGGCUAGACCCUCGAACCAAUAUUUUAGGAACUAUUACGUAAAAAUCUUGAAACCACAAGUAGAUGCAAUUGGCUUUGUUGGAACUGGAACUCAUACUGAGAGACUACUCCGAGAAAUAAUCAUGGAUGCUGCCUGUUAUCAAGGCUAUGAACCAUGUGUUCAAAAUGCAACGGCUAUGUUAAGAAAUUACAUGAGCAAUUCCACCACCAACGCUGUUCCAACUGAUCUAAAGGAAGUAGUUUACCGUUAUGGUAUCAUGUAUGGUGGUAGUGCUGAAUGGGACUUCCUUUGGAGCCAAUAUCAUUCUUCUAUAACCAUCCCUGAUAGAGACAAAAUAUUUUACGCUUUGUCUUUUUCAAGAAAUCCUGCCAGCAUUAGAAAGUUUUUAAGCUACGCUAUGGAUCCUACCAAGAUCGAUAGGGCUGAUACCUACUUGGUAAUGUUAUACUUGACCAGAAAUCCUGUUGCUAGACCCUUCGUCUGGGAUUUCUUCGUAGAAAACAAGGCUUGGUUCAAGAAUAGAUAUAACAACUUGAGGUAUCCCGCCUAUUAUGCAAGCUUGUACUUUGAUGAUGAUCAUAACUAUGCUCGGGUUGAGAAAUUCUUCGCUGAUAAUCCAGAGAAUACUUAUUACACGACCAGGGUAGAAAGAAACACCUUGAACCGUAUUAAAGCUAACAAGAAUUGGUUAACAAAUCAUGAAAUGCGUUUUACUAAAGCUUGCCGCGAUAACAGCAUGUAG